AUGGAGUCGAGAAGCCUUCCUAUGGAUUUAGCAGAGGAGAUACUUUCUAGGGUUCCAGCUAAAUCUGUAGCACGAUUGCGAUCCAAAUGCAAAGGAUGGAACGCUCUAUUGAAAAGUAGGAGCUUUGUUGAGAUGCACACUGCUAAAGCACCUAAGGAGGAGUCUUUGGUUAUCAUGUUGAUUCAUUCUAGGGUUUACUUAGUGAGGAUCGCUUUCCGUGGAAAUCACGACAAGAAGGUUGCUCCAUCUGCUAAGGUUGCAUCUCGAUUAUACCUAAAAGAUCCCCUUUCUAAUUCUUCACAAGCCGAUAUACGUAACGUAUUUCACUGCGAGGGCUUAUUCCUAUGCACCACGGAGGACAAUAGACUCGUGGUUUGGAAUCCAUGUUCAAGGGAAACCAAGUGGAUUAAACCUAGAGACAGCUACAAGGAAUUUGACUACUAUGCUCUAGGUUACGACAACAAAUCCUCUUGCAAGCAAUACAAAAUCUUGAGGGUGGAUCGUCAUCAAGUUAUACCAAUCAAGAAUGAGUACGAGAUUUAUGACUUCACCUCUAAUUCGUGGAGAGUUGUUGGUGUGGCUACUGAUUGGUUUUUAGCACUAUCUCGUCGUGGCAUAUCUGUGAAGUGGAAUACUUAUUGGGUUGCUACUCAAGCAGGGACGCCACAUGCUGAGUAUUUACUAAGUUUUGAUUUUUCAACAGAGAGAUUUCAAACUCUUCCUCUUCCUCAUCGUUAUACGAAUGCGGUUUUAUCAGCGAUUGGCGAAGAGCAGCUUUGUCUGUUAUGUACUAGUUUCAAAUAUUCGAUGGAAACUCUUGAACUCGAUUUCCAAGUAUGGGUGGCAAAUAGUACCGGAUCAGUCUGGUCAUGGAGCAAGUCGUCCCUAGUAGUGGAUUAUUAUAGACCUAUCAUGUAUUCUAAUGGAAUGAGUUUUUUGGUAGACGAGCAUAACGAAGUUGUAAUGUGUUUGAGAGAUAACGACACGUUACACAUCGCGUGCAAAGACAUAUACACAAACACACACAUUGUGGGCGGUAAUCUUGGUGGAGAUUCUACAUGCAUAUCAUCAUCUUGCUCAGUUCUUCUGAAUUAUGUUCCAAGUUUGGUUCAGAUCCAACAAGGUGGUAGACGAAAAAGGAAAACACCAAGCACGUGUGACUUGUAA